UCGAGUUCCUUAUCCUGCAGACUUCUUCUCCACCUAAUCUACCCCUUUGGAUUGUUGAUUUCUUGUCUCCGUUAUUUCAGUUUUUCGCGUGGAAUGGUAGCUAUAUCAUGCAAAUUCCCUUUUCCUUUCUGAUUUAUGAACUGGGUAAAUCAAAAUUGAGGAUAUGGAAUUUAAAUUGUUUUGUUAAAUGCUUUAGUAUUGGGAAAAAUUUUAGGAUUCUAAACCAGCAUGGUAAUGUCUGUGAAGAAUGCCCACUUCCCAAAUUAGGCUAACACCUUAGAGUUGAUGUUAGAAGUAGUUUAAGCAGCUGGGGUUUCUCCAAAAUGCCACAAAAAUUGAAAUUCAUUUACCAUGUAUGUGACCUUGAGGUGUCUAUAUGAAUUCCAUCGUACUAAUCUGUACCUUACCAAUAUACACACAACCACAUAUAUAUACAUGGUUGUGCUUCACCUGCCCGUACUUUUUUUCUUAUAAGGUCAAAUUUUUUGGGUCAUUUGUACAUAUAUAUGGUUUUACAGUCAAUAGAAGAAACUUGUUUUUAAGCAGAAUAUUGCAUUGUGGGACUACCGUAACCUUGAAAGAGAUUUCUUGUAUUUACAUUGCUUUUAUGUGUCUGCUAGUUGAAAUGUAGCUGAUCCCAUAAAAUAGCUCAUUUCCUGCUCAAAGGAUUGUGACAGUUUUUGUUGGUCUUAUGGGAAAGAAGCUCUAAAAACUAGCAACAGCAACAAAAACUGUUUUAGAUCAUGUUUGUACAACAUGCAGCUGGAUUUUCUUAUGUUUAUUGCAUUAGGUGCAGCAUGGUAGGCUCAUAAUAGCUAUUUGAAGAUCUGAAUACAAGGUUCUUCCUCUUUUUGUUUCUUAUUCCUGGAAAACAUAGUGAUCUUAGAUUUUGUUGGCUUACUGGAAAAAUCUGGAGCUUUUUACAUCCUAGGAAGCUGCUAUGAUAGGGAAUGCAUAGAUUAAGAAGUAGGUUUUGAGCUGUCGAAAAAUAACAUGCAUCAACUGAUAUCUGGGGUUAAAGGAUUUUCUUAUGGUGAAUUUCGGCUCAGACAAGGGUUCUCAAUAUUCAUAAAUUUGCUACAUGCUGGAGAUGAAACAACAGUAGAAGUCACAAUGCACUCUUUUAGGUAAAAGAAAACAUAGUUAAAUUUGAUUUAUGUUAGAUAUCACUCUAGAAAUGAGCAUUCAUUGUAACAAGCAGCUGUCUUAUUCAGAUCAAAAUUGAUUUUGAAUUGGCAUGGUGAAAGGAAAUUUGAACUUUCAGGCAACACCAUAAUGGCCUCGGUAUCUAUGUGUUGUUUGCCCCUUGACAAGUUUAGUAUGACAUGAAUAAUGGCUCACUGUCAUCUUUUUCUGGAAACUGCUUGGUUUGAAAAAAAAUUUGAUGUUGAAGUCUGAUCAGUCCUUAUUACAUUUAAAAGCAAAAUGAUGAUAGAACUAGGUAUCUCUAACUGCCAUCUUGGUUGUAAGUUGUCAAGAAUCUAUAGAUAUAUAAGUAUCUGGUUUUAAUUGAUGAACACCAGAUAGAUCAUAUUCCAAAUAAAAACUUUCACUUGACAAUAAAGUUUGCCGCCAAAAGUUCCAAAUCAAACACCAUUUUCCAGUCUACUUGUGUGCUAUAAAUCAUUCGCUAGAGAUUGUGAGACUUCAUGCUUGCUACUGCAUCAUUGAAUGAGGGAAUAUUAAAGCAUCCACCUGGGCAAAAUCCAGGUUGUGGCUCUCAAGUCAUAAAUUAUCGUCCAUACUUCCUCGUGGCUGCAGCAUCAUUUAACCUUGAGCCUGGACCAUCAUAUGCUGUUUCAAGCAGCAUGCCCGAUGUUUCAAGGAUAUUGGAGCUUAACAUGCCAAGUAAAAUAGAGGCUGUUUUAGAUUUCAUACAAAAUAUAAUGAUAGCAGAUUUGGACCCUGCAACAGCAAAAUCAAUAAUUGGUAUAUUAGGGCCUUUGCUCUCAGCAUUUGCCUUUCUCUUUAUACUGAGAAUAGUUAUGUCUUGGUACCCAAAACUUCCUGUAGGGAAAUUCCCUUAUGUUAUAGCAUAUGCACCAACAGAACCACUUCUUGUGCCCACCAGGAAAUUAAUACCACCUGUUGGAGGAGUAGAUGUAACUCCUGUGGUUUGGUUUGGAUUGCUUAGUUUCCUCAAUGAAAUAUUGCUGGGUCCUCAAGGGCUUCUUGUCCUUAUCUCUCAAAAAGUUAGCUGAGAAUUUACUUGAAACAUGCAUUAGGAACCUUUACCUAUAUUGUACAUGAUUUAUUCCAUUUGUUAUAAACAAGUGAUUGAAUAUCGUGGUCGAA